AUGCUCCGGUCCCUAUGGAGUUUCCUCAAGCGGCACAAGAAGAAAUGCCUCGUCCUCGGCACCUUCCUCGGCGGAGUCUAUUUACUGGGAAAAUAUGGGCAGAAGAAAAUCAGAGAAAUCCAAGAACGAGAGGCAGCUGAAUACAUCGCCCAAGCGCGAAGGCAGUAUCAUUUUGAAAGUAAUCAGAGGACAUGCAAUAUGACAGUGCUGUCAAUGCUUCCAACAUUGAGGGAUGCCUUAAUGCAUCAAUUAAAUUCUGAGAGUCUCACGUCUCUUCUUAAAAAUAGGCCAGCAAACAAGUUAGAAAUAUGGGAGGAUUUAAAGAUAAUAAGUUUCACAAGAAGCAUUGUAGCUGUAUAUAGUACCUGUAUGCUAGUAGUUCUUUUGCGAGUCCAGUUAAAUAUUAUUGGCGGUUACAUCUACCUAGAUAAUGCUGCACUCUGCAAAAACGGCACAACACCGCUAGCUCCCCCUGAAGUUCAGCAGCAAUAUUUAUCAAGUAUUCAGCACCUUUUAGGAGAUGGACUGACUGAGUUAAUAACUAUUGUUAAACAAGCUGUGCAUAAAGUUUUUGGAAGUAUUUCCCUUAAGCACACCCUAUCUCUUCUGGAGCUGGAACAGAAACUUAAAGAUAUCAGGGAAGUAGUGGAACAUAAAGAUUCAGAUCAGAUUGCGUCUUACUCUCCCUUUUGUCAUUAUCUGAUGCCAGAUGAAGAAAACCCCUUGGCUACCCAGGCCUGUGGACUUACAGAAAGAGACAUUGCUACAAUUAAAUUACUUAAUGAAACUAGAGAUAUGCUAGAAAGUCCAGACUUCAGUACAGUUUUGAGCACAUGUUUAAACAGAGGAUUCAGUCGACUGCUGGACAAUAUGGCAGAGUUUUUUAGACCUACUGAACAGGACCUCUCUCAGAAUGGCUCUGUAAAUAGUCUUUCCAGUGUCAGUCUUCCUUUAGCCAAGAUAAUUCCAAUAAUAAAUGGACAGAUCCAUUCAGUAUGCAGUGAAACACCCAGUCACUUUGUUCAGGACCUGUUGAUGAUGGAACAAGUGAAAGAUUUUGCUGCUAAUGUUUAUGAAGCUUUUAGUACCCCUCAGCAACUAGAGAAAUGA